GGCGGCCGGGGGCGCGUGCGCAGGCGCGGCAAGCGGCUACCGGCGAGCGAGGGAGCAAGCUGAGCGCGGAGGGCAGCCGGCUCUCGGCACCAUGGGGCCCGGAGAGGAGCGGCAGGUGGAGGCGGGCGCGAGCGAAGGCGUCUCCAAGCUGGAGCUGCUGAAGCUGCGCGCCGCGGAGCGCAUCGACGAGGCGGCCGAGCGGCUAGGUGUCCUGAGCCGCGCGAUCUGGAGCGAGCCCGAGCUGGCCUACGAGGAGCACCAUGCCCACCGUGUGCUGACGCGCUUCUUCGAGCAGGAGCCGCCGGCCGCCGCCUGGGCGGUGCAGCCGCACUACCAGCUGCCCACCGCCUUCCGCGCGGAGUGGGAGCCGCCGGGCGGCCAGCCGAGCGCCGCGCUGCGCCCGCUGCACGUGGCCUUCCUCUGCGAGUACGACGCGCUGCCGGGCAUCGGCCACGCCUGCGGCCACAACCUCAUCGCCGAGGUCGGGGCAGCGGCUGCGCUGGGCGUGAAGGGGGCCCUGGAGGGCCUCCCCGGACCGCCGCCUCCCGUGAAGGUAAUUGUCCUGGGAACCCCUGCAGAAGAAGAUGGUGGUGGUAAAAUUGAUCUGAUUGAAGCAGGGGCUUUUAAAAAUCUUGAUGUUGUUUUUAUGGCCCAUCCAUCCCAAGAGAAUGCUGCUUAUCUCCCAGAUGUAGCUGAGCAUGAUGUGACCGUGAAAUACUAUGGAAAAGCAUCUCAUGCUGCUGCUUAUCCCUGGGAAGGAGUAAAUGCACUAGAUGCUGCUGUCCUUGCCUACAACAAUCUGUCUAUGUUAAGACAGCAAAUGAAACCAACUUGGAGAGUUCAUGGUAUAAUAAAAAAUGGUGGUGUAAAACCCAAUAUCAUUCCCUCUUAUUCUGAAUUAGUCUAUUACUUCCGUGCACCCUCAAUGAAAGAACUUCAAGUUUUGACCAAAAAGGCAGAAGAUUGCUUCAGAGCUGCAGCUUUGGCUACAGGGUGCACAGUGGAAAUUAAAGGUGAAGCACAUGAUUAUUACAAUGUUCUUCCCAAUAAGAGUCUGUGGAAAGCUUAUAUGGAAAAUGGAAAAAAGCUGGGAAUAGAAUUCAUUUCAGAAGAUACAAUGUUGAGUGCCCCUUCAGGAUCUACUGAUUUUGGAAAUGUUACUUUUGUGGUUCCUGGAAUUCAUCCAUAUUUUUACAUUGGAUCUACAGCCUUGAAUCACACUGAGCAGUACACUGAGGCUGCAGGGUCACAAGAAGCUCAGUUCUACACUUUGCGUACAGCCAAAGCUCUGGCAAUGACUGCAUUGGAUGUUAUAUUUAAACCAGAGUUGCUGGAAAGGAUCAGGGAGGACUUUAAAUUGAAACUUCAAGAAGAACAGUUUUUAAAUACAGUAGAAUAAAAGGAAGAUUUAGGAACCACUUAUGAAUUAUUAAGAAGAUGUGAUGAAUUUUUUUUUUAAUUUUUUUUAACAAAGGGGAGGACAUGUUUGUUUUUCAAUCUUAAAGGAAUCAAAUUUUUCUCCUCCCUGAUAAGUGAGGAUGGGAUGUGGAGAAAACAUAUUACCUCAUAUCUAAAGUGAAAAUUUUUGCAAAUCUAUACUUGAUGUAAUUGUGAUAUUUUAGGAGCUAGUAUGUGAUGCCAUUUCUUAACCUGGAUGAAACGUGGUUUAUCAGUGAUAAUAUUUUGUAAACUUACAUGGUGUAUUUUUAAAAGUCCAAAAGUUAAACCUUAUAUUCAGAAUUGACAUCCAUAACAGAGUUUUGUGGUAUAGGGUGGUUAACUCGAUCUUACUGUCCGGAAGGUAUCCAGCCAUGUAAUAUAAAAAACAGAGAUAUUUAUUUUUUCGGGUAUGGAGAACCAGGUGACUUCCAUUGGGACUACUGGGCUUUCAUUUCCGGAUCUUAGUUAUAGACCCACGAUUCAUCUCUGGUUAUGACCUUCUUGAGGAAAUCUGGUUCAUUGGUAGCGGUUUGAAGCAAAUCAUUAGCAAAUGCAGCACGAUGUUCUUUCUGCUCUGGUAGCAGAAGCGGCGGAACGCAUUUUGCCAUGAUAUGUUUUCAUGCCAAGAUCCUGCGUCAAAAUCUCAGACACGGUAGUUUUUGGAAUCCCCAGAUCAGCUUCUAGUUCUCGCACUUGGUCAGUGAUCUUUGUUGAUUGCAGCUCGUACAUGUUCAACAUUCUCAGGUGUUCUACUUGUUGCAGGCCUUCCAGAAUGUGGAUCACUUUCAGCAGAUUCUGUACCGUCUUUGAAGCAUUUGUGCCACACUUUCAUUUGUGCUGCACUCAUUGCAUCAUCCCCGAAAGCCUUCCAAAUCAUCCACAUAGGCUGGGUGUGGUGGCUCACGCCUGUAAUCCUAGCACUCUGAGAGGCUGAGGUGGGAGGAUCGCUCAAG